AUGGCGAGAUUUCUACCGCUUGCACUCCUUGCAGUUCCUACUGUUUUUGGUCUGGACUGCUCGGAAGAGUUCAUAUCGUCAGCCGUUGCAUUCAAUGAGAAUGCCACUGUGAACUAUGUCUACACUGUAGCCGAGGGUGCAUCUUUUGGCAUUCCGUCAUUGGCCUUCCCCGACAAUGCUACGAACCUCCCCGCAGUCUGCGCUGUCGGUAUCAAUGUCAAGUCUUCUCAGAACUCGUCUUACAACUUUGGACUCUUCCUCCCCGAUACGACAUGGAACCAAAGGUUCUUGGCCACCGGAAACGGUGGUUACGGCGGCGGUAUUAAUUGGCCAGAUAUGGGCAUAUUCUCGCAUUAUGGCUUUGCCACCAUGUCUACAGACACUGGCCACAAUGCAUCAGCCAUCGACACUGGAGCGUGGGGACUGAACCAGCCAGAAUCCCUAAUCGACUGGGGAUAUCGGGCGAUGCACGGGUCUGUCGAAUUGGCGAAGCAUAUUGUUAGUGAAUACUACGCUCCGCCAACAGGUAUUCAAUACUCGUACUAUGCAAGUUGCUCAACUGGCGGGCGCCAAGGGCUGAGGGAAGCCCAACUUUACCCGCAAGACUUUGACGGUAUCUCUGUUGGCGCUCCUGCAUGGUGGUCGCCUCAUUUGGCUGCGCAGACCUUGAGAUCUGGUCUUCUCGACUACCCAACCAAUUCUAGCAAAUACGUCGAUCCCUCUCUGUUCCCUGUGAUUGUUGCGGAGAUGGAAAAACAGUGCGACCCCCAAGACGGCGUUACGGACGGUAUAAUCUCUGAUCCUUUUGGGUGCAACUUCGACUACCAGGCGCUCCUUUGCACAGCUGGGAACGAAACCGGCUGUCUGAGCGAAGAUCAGCUUGAGAACGUGUAUGCCUUUUACAAUGAUUGGACCACGGAGAAUGGCACGCUCAUCUUUCCGGGAGCGACGCUUGGAACAGACGCCAGCGCCUUGAUGGGCAGCAUACUCCCUCUCGGAUAUGGUUACUACCAGAAUUGGGUGUACAACGAUACGACGUGGGACUACACUCAGUUCUCCUAUGCAGACGUUCAAUUGGCCGACCAGAUUGACCCUGGUAAUGCGACCGCAGAUGCAUUUGACAUGACCCCGUUUAUGCACCGAGGAGGAAAAGUCAUGAUGUAUCAUGGCGGAGCCGAUCUUCUCAUUCCCACGGGAAGCAGCAAGGUAUUUUACGACAAGGUUUCCGAUACCCUUGUUCCCAAGGGCGUGAACCUGGACGAUUUCUAUCGAUUCUUCCUCAUCCCCGGUAUGAGCCACUGCUCGGGCUCCGACUCUGCCCCUUGGUACAUCGCUGGUGGAAGCCAGAGUCUCGACAACGUAACCCACUCCGUCCCCGGUUAUGAAGACGCUGAUCACGAUAUCAUCCUGGCGUUGAUGAAUUGGGUUGAGCACGGGACGGCUCCAGACAAGCUGAUCGCCACCAAGUACGUAAAUGACACCGCCUCUCUUGGUGUCCAGAGUCAACGACCACUCUGCGUUUAUCCCAAGCAAGCCAAAUACACGGGAUCCGGCGACGUGGACGCUCCAGAGAACUGGGAAUGCCAAAAUCUUGACUAG